UCUGUAAAUUAAAAAGUGCGAGUGGAAACGUAUUAUAUAUAAUAUAUAAAUGCUUGGUACAUCUGGAUAAAUAAGGUAGGUAGAUGUUAGUUGGUAGUUGCCAGAUAUCGCCAGAUGAUGCGGCGUAAACUUCGAUACUUAGCGCUGAUGUUCACUUCCCCAUUUUCGAGAAUGUGAACAAGUCUUGCUUACUCCGUGUUAAUUUACGAUUGUCAUUGUGUUAUUUGGUGAACGAAAGUGAUUGCAAGAGUGCUAAUGCGUAGUUCAAUGAUUUUGAUAAUGCGAAGAUUGUUAUAUCAAGUGCUGUAAUUGACAGGACUCCCUCUACUGUGUGUUAUUUUGUUAAUGCAUUUGGCGCAAUGAUUACGAGAAAACAUUUAUUCGUCUUGUCUCUCUCUGUUGGGUUUAUCUAUGUUAUCAAGAAUAAUUUCGUGAAUAAAUCAAGACCGGAAGAUUUCUCAGCAAGAAUAAGACCAGUUACCCCGAUCACGUCAAAGAAAACGGGGAUAGAUUUUGAGAAAAUGGGAAAUCUCAAGGAAAACUUAACCAAAGAGGAGUCCGUUUCGGGAGGCUUGAGGAGUGCUCAUCCUUCCCAUUAUGAAGACACAGCCGAAGUGAAAUAUUACGAAGCAACGAAAAAAAUAAUGCAAGUGCUUCAAAACAAAGCAUUCGAAAGUUCGAAAAACUAUCUUAAUAAUAUGAUAAAGCUUGUGAAUGGACAGAAAAUGCCCCCGAAUAACACGAAACACAAAGAAGCUAGUGUUAAGAUCGUAAAUAAAAACCCAACUACUAAAGGCAGUUAUAAGAUUACGAAGAAUGUCCCAAGGAAAACACCAUCGCCGAGCGCAGCCUUCCAGAAUGUUCGAAGGAAUAACACGGCAGAAAUUGAAGAAUUGCUCAAGAGUAAGACCCUCCCGGCGCCACGCAGUCUGGAGCGGCCGCUGCUGGCGGUGGCGGAGGGCGCCCGGGUCCGCCACAACUCCACUUGGCACGGCUACACCAAGCCCAUUCUCGUGUUCAAGCCCCUGGGCAGGCUGGGCAAUGUCAUGGGCGUGUAUGCCUCGGUGUGGGCGGUGGGGAGGGCGUAUGACGUGAACGUGUUCAUGGAAGCGGAAGUUGAGGAGAUCCUGCGGCCGGUCUUCCCGAGGCUCUCCAUGUCCGCGCUGCCAGUGAGGUUCGUCGGGCGGUCGUGGGUGUACCUGACCCGAGGAGGACCCGACUGACGGACUACAGGCCCUGCAGGAGGCGGCGGCGGGCCUUCGGGGGGACAGGACCUUCAUGGUGGAUG